AUGCCCGGCGCAGCCACACCAGACGCGGUGGCCCCCGAGGCCUCGGCUACGGCGACAGUCGCGCCGUCACCGGACUUGGCGUUGGCGAGCGCAGCGGCGACGGGCGCGGCAACGGCGAACACAGCGGCAGCAGGUGCAUCAACUGUAAGCUCCUCGGCUCCUGAGGUCCCGACGCCUGUACCAGACGUCCCCUCCCCCAGUGCUCAACCUUCGGCAGAGGAAGAGCUGGAGGAGUGGCUCUUCGACUGGCACACCCGCUUGGAGGCGCACACAAAGGCCGAAGCCUCCCAUGCUGUGGAAGCCCGGUCCAAACUCAAAGCCGACCAAGAGGCCUAUCGAGCCAAUCUUCGGAAGGUGUUCGACCGGGAGUUCGCAGUAGCGAGCCGGGAAAAACCCCUGGCGCAGCGGGAGGAGGCUUUUGCCCAGGAGGUGGCCAGCCUCGCGGCUCAGCGGUCCGAACUUGAGACUCGCCUUGCGGCCCAGCGGUCCGAGCUUGAGACUCGCAGCCAGGGUCUCGAGAUCCGUAAGCAGGAGCUGGAAAAGCUCUCUGAGACACUACAAGGAUGGCGCAAGCAGCUGGAGGAGAGGGCCAGCAAGCUGGCUGUUGCCGAGUCGGAGUUGGAGGAGGAUAGGAAGUCCCUCGCUAAGCGGGAAUCCCACGCCACCAACAUGGAGAAACAGCUUGAGCGCCAGCGCGAGGCCGUCAAGUCUAUGAAGGAGACGGCGGCGAAGAAGGUGGCCCAACUCGAGGAGAGGUCCCGCGAGGUGGAGGAGGCCAAGGCAGCGCUGGCCACCCGGUGUGCCUGCGGGCUGUGUUUGCGUUGCGGCGGCUCGUUUCCCAGGUUUGCGGUCGUGGCUGUGCGUGCUACAGCCUACAGCAGGGCAGCAAGGUGGCAGCACCAAUCAACAGGCGAAGCAUCAACGGCAGCGAAGGCAAAUCCCCACCGCGGCCUCUGCGGCGCGCAGCUGCACUCCGUCGGGGCGCUGCUCAGCUCAACUGUGCAGCUGCUGCGUGCCACCGCCGCCACUCCGUCGGGGCGCUGCACGGAGGAGAGGGAUGAGGGGUGGUGUGGCUCGGGCAGUCGGGCUGGCCGCACGCGGGAGCUCCGCCUGAGCGCGUGA